AUCUGGCUGCCUUCAAUUUAUUUAGAGGAAGCGUACCUGCAGCAUUCUCAUAGAGUUGCAGUUAAUUGACCAGCUCUUUCUGUAGACCGUUGUCUUCUUUGUAGUUGUUGCAAGAUAAAAAGAGGCAUGGAAAUUGAAGCUGACGAGGCAGUGAGGAGAGAUUUAUUCAAUAAUGCCAUGGAAGGCAAAUGGGAUAAGGUGGUGAAAAUAUACCAGGACGUGCCCUGGGCCAGCAAAGAAAAGAUCACUACAAGUGGAGAAACCGCACUGCAUAUAGCUAUCUCUGAUUGCAAAGAAGAUGUUGUUGAAAAACUACUGGAGACUGUAAUUGGUAUCAGUGCGGAUGUUCUACGCAUACAAAAUGCGAAAGGGAAUACCCCUCUCCAUUUGGCAGCUUCAAUUGGAAAUGUUUCAAUGUGCAGAACCAUUGCUGGUCGCUAUCCAGAAGCGUUACGUGUUCGCAACGAAGAACUAGAAACUCCUCUCUUCUUGGCUGCUCGCCAUGGCAAGAUCAAAGUUUUCUUUUGCCUGCUAGAAGCGUCUACAGUCGCUCGCAUUGAAAGAGAGAAUUAUCUCCCUUAUCGGAACAAAAAAAGUGAAACAGUUCUUCACUGUGCCAUCACUGGAGGACACUUCAAAUUGGCAUUUCUAAUAAUUCAACUGUAUGAAGAUCUUGUUAACCUGAUUGACGAGAAAGGAUUCAGCCCUCUCCAUCUAUUAGCAGAUAAGCCUACUGCUUUCAGAAGUGGAACUAAACUCAGCCUGAUGGACAAAAUCAUUUAUCCAUGUAUAUUUGUCCCAGACUUCUACCACCCACUGAUUUCUGGAGAUGAUAAGAACUCCCAGAACCAAACACAUGACAAGUACAAGAGAGAAACACAAGAAGGUAUUGUUUUCUUUAUGCUGACAUUUGUCUAAACAUGUGUGAAUCACUUG